GCCGGAGACACGAUCGAGUUCUGGGCAGCCGGGAAAAACACCGUCGCCAGGCUGCAACUGAAGGAGUCCCACAUUGUCUGCGAUUCCCAGCAGUACAUUCCCCACGAGGAGGUGAAGGUGCAGCUGGACAGCAAAGUUUUCUACGGGGAUAAAGGCUUGCAAGUGCAGCUGGACCGGACGGGCGUUUACCGGGAUACCAGUUUGAAGAACAAAAAGCUGGAGUUCCUCGCGCGGGAGGAGGACGAUCUGGCCGCCGGAGACGGGAAGAAACAGAGCAUUCCCAUGCAAGACGAGAUCGUGGUUUUAGACCCCGAGGUCAUCGUGCUCCCCUGGUACAUGACGGUAAACGCGCCCCUGGCGGCUUUGAAGGAGAAAAAAGUAGCCGCGAAACCGUUCAUCGACGGUGUGGGCGGCACGAAUGUCGUCGCGACCAACCAGCCUUUGGCCCGGCCAGUCGCGAUCAUGCCGGUGCUGCGCUUCACCUGCCGGGGGUCGAAGGGGGACGAAAUCCUCAACGCCUACAUCGACAUCCAUGCAAACAACAAACGGGUGUGGCGCCUCUUCAUGCUCCGGCACGGGGAUCAGGGGACGCAGUUUUCGGAGAAAGAUCGGACGUUCAAGUGCUCUUUAACUCCGAAAUCCGUCUCCAUCACGGUCGAGCGAGGGAAAUCCGACCCGUUAGUGCUUAACCCGAAGGUCGGCGUCCAGGUGAUGGGGAAGAACGCGAUGGAGUUCAUGAAGCCGUGCGAGCCGAAUCUGAACCCCAUCGUGAACGCGUGGGACAUCACCAAUCCGCGGUUCCGCUACAUCUCGCACCACGGAAAGCUGAAUUGGGACGCGACGUACACGAUGGACCGGCUGGACGAAUUGAUCCGCUUCCGGGACGGUCCGGGGGAGCCGCCGGUGGAGCAGACGAGCCGAGAUUUACUGCGGUUCCAGUUGAAGCGCGACGACAGUCAGAAUUUGGGCGGCCCGGUCUUCAUUUCCGUCUCGAUGGACGUGCAAAUCGACGACCGGAUCGAGCGGUUGGAGCUACUGGACAAGAUGCUCAUCCCCUCCGGGUGGUCGCGGAAUGCCGAGUGGCAGGACUUCCGGUUCACGGUGUCUGGCGCGAUUGUGAAUUUCGAGAACGACGACGGACCGAGGGACCUGAUCAUGAACCCCAAGCAGGGGGUGUUUUUACCGGGCGUGAAGCAAGACGUUUUGGGAACAGCAACACUAGUCGGGAACAAGUGGGACGCCAAGAACGACAAGCAUCGGCGCGUGAAAAACGGAGAGUUCGAUUGGGGCGGGGACUAUCUGAUGCAAGCGCCCGUGCUGAAAGAAGGGGCGCACGCGCAGGCUGUCCCUUCUUGUGCCGGAGCUGGUCGCGUUCUUCGGAACAAUUUGCUUGUUCCGAUGGCGGAGGAGGACUCUCUGUUGUCGAGAGCUGCUGUUUCUCCUCUUUCGCCGGAGAAACAGGAUAGAAAAGACCAGCAGUAUCAGGAGUCCCUGCCUGAUAUGCUCGCGUCUUCAUCAUCAUCAUCAUCAUCAUCUCCGGGAAACAGAAGCACAACGUCCAGUGCUUCCUCUGUUGCAAGUAGUUCUAGUUCGAAAAACCGGACGCGUCGGCAUGGACGUGGACCUGUUUACAGCAAUGUUGCGGGUGGUGUAGAGAUCAUGGGAUGUGACAUCGAAAUGCAGGAGGAGACACCGUAUCUCGGGUUCGGAAACAGAAAACGAGCCUACGCGCAACCGCUCGUUGGAACGUCUCCCGCCUGCUCCUCUACCUCGAGACCAACUCGCUUUGACUACAACUACCAAAAUGUGCCACAAUAUGGCAACAGCAGUGGCCGGGGUAGUUGUACAGCAGCAAGCUACCUCCACCAGCAGCACAGAGAGGGCUACCACUCCGCCCCGGGCGAUCUGAUUGUGCAGGGAGUUUUUCUCAACAACGCCGAUCUCCCCGAGUUCAAUGGUACGUACGAGCGUGAAGUCGGGACCGAUUUCCCGGAGUUCGUGAACCUGCGCGGGGACGCGAAGAUUUACUACGACAAUGGCGGGGGCAGGUCGUUUGACGACAAGAAGUGGUUCGUCGCUAGUAUCGAGCCAGACGGGAAGGUGGUGAACAAAUACGAACUCGCCGGCGAACCCUCGGAAAAUCCGCCAAUGAAGGGGUGGGGCGCUGUGGAAGACGGUGGCAGUCCCAACACCAGCAUGCCGACGAUUACCUUUGACCAAUUUGAUCAGACGGAAGAGAUCAUCGUGUCCGCACGAGACGACACGGGCUUUUGGUGCGGCGGGGGAGGAGCGAAAAAGAAAAAGCCACACGUGCCGAAUAUUCUCCAAAAUAUAUCGGCGAUCGACGAGAGGGUCACGCUUCAGCCAGGAGUGUCGCCGAAUGGGUGCGGAGUCGUGCUGUUUUCAUUUAAGCUGUGCUUGUAGUUGGUUCUGCUUCUGUCGCUAAGGAAACAGUAGGUGCUUGCAUUUUUGUCUGUAUCGAAGAAAAAGCAUUUUCGGGAUAUAAAUCAUAUUGUACCAGGUACGUCUACCGUCUUUCGGACGUGUUCGAAGCGCAUGCCGACGCGGCCGUUGGGGAAACGCUGAUGACGAUUACCACAGUCGGCGGCUGCGUCUUCUACCUGCCGUCGACGCUGACACUCGGACUUUUGAAUACGAUGCAUUGGCAUUGUCCAAAUACCAUGCUUGCCGUGCCCAAGCGAAACCUUGUGGCCCCCCAGUAUGAUGCUGACGAGCUGUAUUAUUUGGGGCAGGUACUUGUUGGACUUACAACAACUCUUUUUUGAUGUUUUCGAAUUGCCCAGCAUCCGUUUUUCUUUAUGGUCGCAGAUGAGCGACUAGCCCGAGGAUGGGACCCUUUCGCGAAUAAAUGGAGCAGUCGUCAAGAUCUAGAUCUUCUACUGAAACACAACUUAUCAUAUGCAAAGCAAAAAGUGUUACAGUUACACAUUGUGUUGCAGGAGCCGCAAAACAGACAACCUUUGUCAUGCAGGAAAUACUUGCGAGCCUCGUUUCCUACGUAUUUUCCUUUAUGAUCUUUGCAUUACAAGUUUUGUCUGCCACACAGAGAAAAUUUGUGAUGCAAAAACUCCAACAAAUGUGUAACUGUAACACUUUUUUCUUGUGAUAUAUCAGGCUGAAUACCAGCGCUACAACUUCAUCGUCAGUCGGCUGCUCAUCCUCGUGGCCAUCUAUGUGGUGGUGUACGUUGACAUUAUGACGAAGAACGCGCACGCCACGCUGCAGCAAGUGGAGGAAGACGUGGGCGCCAGCCUCUCGAAAGAAGACUACGAAGAGAUGCCGCCACACCAACUCGCCGAACUCCGCGCACUCGAGGAUGACGCCCACAAGCAGUGGGCGGGCUUCAUGCAGAUCCUCGCGCUUGGCGGCGCGGCGCUGCUCACUUUGGUGACACUCGUCGCGGGGAGACUCAGGUCUGAGUACCACGAGAUGGAAGCGAAGCGGUUGUUGGAGAUGGCGGAGGAGGAGGACGAGGGCGAAUUCGAGGACGAUUUGAUCGACAGCGACAGUGACCCUGAGAGGCUGAUGAUGGAGACGCCACCAGGUGGCCCGGGGCGGUACGCGGACACGCCGCCCGAUACGAACAGAAGUAACAAGUCCGCGAACCUGCGGACGAGGGCAAAGGCCACCAAAGUGACAAAAAAGUGGGAGUGGUACAUGCGGAGGGAGAAUUUCUAUUGGUGGAAAGACGCACUGUUCACCGCCGGCCCUGACGCAAGCAGUUACUUCGCGCAGUUAUCCGUCGUCCUAGUGUUAUGUUUCACCCACCCAGGGACUCCGCUGCAAGUCCCGUACAGCCACGUCGUUGCGCCUUACUUGUUGAUCUUUUUCUCGACCUACGCCAUUUUGAUGCUGAAUUACGACGUUUUGAAACAGAGGUACUUCACGUUCAAGCAGAAACUGAGCACGAAUCCGAAGGGGUUUUUGCGCACAAGAUACGUGGAGGUUCGCCGUUUGAUCAGAAAGCCACUCGCCGACGCGGAAGCAUUGCCGCGCAUUUCUGUGGCGUUCGCGAAGCAGGGGAUUUACCAGGCAAAGGAGUUUCUGUACACCACGAAACAGCGCUUCGACAUGCUUCGCGAAGGCGAUUUCUUCGUCGAUGGGGGUGAAGCGCAGAGCGAGAAGCAGGGCUUUCUCGACCGCGUUCUGAACGCGGGCGGCGGAAAAAACAAAAAAGGAUCGAAGGAAAGCGUGCCCGACACCGAUGCGGGCAGCGACGCGGAGGAAGGUUUGGCCGUUUUGGGCACGGACUUCAUCCCCGGAGCGACCGUUGCCGAACUGCACGGCGCGAAAAAGAAGCCGACUUUGGAAUCCCUUCGCGUCGACCGGGCCGGGGAUAUCCACAAACACAUUUUGAGCAAGGUGGGGGAAGAAAGCCACCCCUGGGUGGAGACGCAGACGAACGUGCGCACGACGGCGUGCUGCAAGCCAGACACGAGGAAGCAGGAACUUUUCGACGCCCGGCAACAGAUCGCCGACCAGGUCGCUGCGGCGGAUGGUCUGUGCAGUGGCUGGGCGAAGGGAGCGAAGAUAAAAUUUCACAAACUGCCCCCGCUCUACUCGUUGAAUUCCCUCGACACGCGCGGAAACCCCGCGUACAUCGAGGUCGCCCCGGACCGGGAGCCGCCGAAAGUCGGGUUCUUCGGCAAGUUGUUCAGCGGGGAGACUCACGGCGCGGGCUACGAUGAGAAGCAGAGAUUUAAAAACCCCCGGGAAAUCACCGUGCGAGACAACACCGCGCUCUGCCCGCUGAAGCCGGGGGACGUCUACUUCCGAGAACACGACGACGCCGUCAUCGACACGGUGUUUGCGGUCAUUCCACAAAUGGGCGUACACUUUCCGGCCAAGUGCCACCCGGUGAAGCACGGGAGAACGUUGACGAAGCGGUUACUGCAGUCGAGGAACACGCUGGGCGUCGGGCGAAACGUUUUGACCGACAUGCCGGUGCAGAUUGCGCCGGCGAAAUUGGGGCAGAUGAGCGAGGAUUUGCUCACGGAGCCGCCGCUGUUGACCGACACGAAGAAGGCACGGAUGUCCAAGAAGCAAAUCCGCGCGUACGAGAAGGUGCGAGCGGAGUACCGGAAACGGACGCACGCCAGAGGGAGCGACCGACGGGAGUUGUGCUGCACGAUCCAGGUGAUUGUUGGGGAGGAUAACGACUCCUCGGAUGAUUUGUUCCUUUCCCUCUACCAGGACGACGAGGAGUACCGACAGAAAAAGACCCAUUGAUUUUCCCCUCCAGAAUUUGUCACUCAAAAAAUGCAUCAGAGCUUGUUCCUGUGUUUGUCAUGCGGAAAACGCAUCAUGGGGACAAUCAAAGGUAAAUCGAUGGCUCUUUUUCCGUGUAUAAGGAAACUGUCUAUUCCGACCCGUCUUCGAUGCUGUUCGGUCGCCGGGAAUCCUUUUCCGCCAUGGAGCGGGACGAGUACCACGCCGAAAUGCUGGCGCACUGGUUUCUGCACACGGUGAAUUUCUUUCAGAAGAUCGGGGGGGAUUUCCAUCCGCUCAGCCCCCUGCACGCGGUCGUGAACGAUCUGUUUUGGGGUUUGGAGAUCGACAAGACGCGGGCGGGGAAUCUGUACAUCGAAGAUGUGAGUUUGCUCUCCAAGUACUUGAGACUCACGCAGGGGUCCUCCUUGGGGAGUUCGCACAUGGCGUUUCUGUGGCUGAUUUUCGGCGACGACGUUUUCUCCGCGGAGACCGGAAAAAUGGAAGAGGAAUCGAGGACGUUGCGCUACAAAAAAAAGCUCACCCGUGAGCUUUCCACGACACUGCUCCACGAAGAGCUCGCCCACGAAGAGAUCAAGAAAUACGGCAACCCGCCGAAGAAGAUGCGGGAGGAAAUCGAGGCAAAAUUUGCGGAAAGAGAGCAGGAAGUGCGGGAAUCGCACCCGGAGUUCUGGCUGAAUUACCAGGAAGACCCGGAGGGCGCAGAGGCGUUUCAGUCUUCUGCGUUGCAGCGCAUUCGGGAGUUAGUCGACACAAACAAGUCACCGAACAGCGUCGUGUGGCCGGGAUUUUUGACUCUGAUCCGGAAAACGAACGAACCGAAAAUGGCGGAGAUGGUGCGCGUGACGCAACAGCACGUCAGCACCGUGAAAUUGCUGCACGUGUUGCUCCGCGACGACGACUUGCGCCCCGAACUCCCUUGGCAGCCGCCCAUGUGCGAGGCGCACCCGGCCGAGUUUUUCAAAUUGGAUAGCAAUCAGGAGGGUAGCGGGGUGCUUGGCAUGAUGCAACUCCGACCGGACCGAAUUUCCUUUGAGAGGUUGCUGCUCAACCGUAAGUGCCGCGCACAGAGGAUGUUUCUGCACUUCGACGAAAUCCACUCCAUGAAAUCGGUUGUCGACAGUUAUUUCCUCUCUGGUUACCGGGUCCACGGCCGCAGCUUGUACGUGCUGCUGAAGGACUAUGGAAGUGUCAGGUUUGAAAUCGUCAAAGUUGAAAUAAUUUGCAAUGCAUAAAAUGCGACUACAAAAAGCGACUCUAUUGCAGAGGACCCACGGGAGGCAGAUUAUAGUCCUGGUAAGGGUCAAAAGUUGGACUGCUAACUAGCAUGACAGAAGGCAGCUCUGUUGCCCUAAACCGCAUGACAGACUCGCUUCCAUGACCGGGAAAAUUUGUCAUGCGCCGACUACAAACUGUAGGUCUAACUGGUAUCCGUUUUAUGCAUGGCAAACUAUUUCAACUUUGACGAUUUCAAACCUGACGCUUCCAUAAGGACGGCACCACCGUGGUCUUCGGGAUGGCACGCAACAAAGCGGCACACUACGAGCAGAUCAUUCACACGCAUUAUAUGAACAAUGUGAGAAGGGAAAUCCUUGGCUACGAGGGGACGACCAUCGCAUCUCCUUUACUCCCCGCGGUCCGGCUCCGGCACGGGAUGCGAGGCAUCCAGAGGUGGUUCCAGCAACUCGAUGCAAACGCAAUUGGCCGGGCGGAGCGGGGCGUGUACGAGGGUGGCUGGUCGAUGCACCGGUAUCACGGGGUGGGAAGGUUGUUGAGAACAGAGUAUUCCAAGGACAUCAAACUAGACACUUUCAAGACACUGGGGGAGAUCAUCAAAUUAGUGCCGUCACCGGAUCCGAAUAAGGUAUGAUUUUUCAUUUUCGACGCGAUGGAAUUGGAAAUCGAAUUUACUGUUUGCCUGCAUGCACUCUAAAAGAUGUGGAACGAAAGAGGCCUGGUAUACACUUCCUUUCAUCCAUCCUCAUCAUCACCUUUGCUUUUCGUCAGAUUGCGGAGACCGUUGGGAGUCUUCUGUUUAAGCGGCAAGUCCUCGCCUACGAUGGGUCGUGGAAGAACGGGAAAAGACAUGGAAAGGGUUCCAUGCUGUUCAAGCGCUUUGAUUGCACCUACCGGUUCUACGGGAUCUUUCUGGAAAACGAGCCAAUAUUCGGGGAGAUCGAUAUGGCGUUCUCAAACGUUACAUUCUCAACUGUUACAUCAUGAUUUGUCAUGCAAAAUGACCAACAUGAGCCACCAGACGAUCAAGCUGCUUCGCAUGACAAGUUUUCGAAUGGCUAAACAGCGUCUAAAUCUGUACCAAAUCUGUCAUGCAAGACGCGCAAGCUCCCUCCUUUCACUUUUGCCAUUCUUGCAUAACAAAUUCAUGUGACAGCUGAGAAUGUAACAGUUGAGAACGCCAUAAUCGACCAGAUCGACCUACCUGAGGACGUGUUGCCGAGGCGUGUCAUGCCCUACGAGCGCAUCGCGGAGAAUGCGAUCCGGACCGGAAUCCGCUAUUACCUUGGCUCCGUCGCGCCGAUGGGGGACAUGAUGAAGUACUUCCACGAUUUCCACUUCGUCGGGGCUUUUGAGUUGUAUGCGGCCCUGGCGCUGAACUUGGUCGAUGACGACGCCCUGGAACCCUCCAUCGGCAUUCCCACGCCGACGCACUGCUUCCACCACUACGUGCAGAAAUUUUUGAAAACGGAGCCCGACCCGGCGCUGCACUCGCUGCAGGCGAACCUGAACGAAGGCCCCCUGAAGCACGCGCGGGCGAGUGGGUACGACGUUGAGGAUAUUACAGAGUUUGACUUGUAUGUUUUGCAAAGACUCGCGAAAAACCUGUUUGAAAUGCCUGUCGUUGCCGCCUGUCGCGCGAUGGACGACAAGCGCGGCAGCUUGCUGUUCAAGGACGAGUCAGCGUUUGAGCUGGCCCAACGGCUGCCCUUCGUCAAAAAAAACUUCACCGCGGUCACGGACAAGAUGCGGCACCAUACGCGACUCUGUUGGCACGUGUGGCACCAUUUGGAAGUGCCCUGCAUGCGCGAGCUGGCCCCAAACAUUGUCUCGGUAACGCAGUCGAUGCAGAUGGAGCUCAACGGAACGUACAGGAGAACUUCCGACACGGAGUUCACCCAUGUGGCAGACAUCGAAUAUUCCACUGGAAGCAACAGGAAAAUCUUGUACAGUUUGAUGUUCUGCUCUCGUUUCUACUUUGAGUUUAAAGUGUGUAUCUAUCCUGAUACGAGGCUACUAUGCACUCACAGCCACCGACCUUUGUGCAGUGCGGAGGCCGAAAAAUGUUUUUAACUUUUCAACACUAAUGAACAGCUACGAAAACCGGAGCAUGCAGUGGUUUUUCGGGAACCUGGCUACCGGAGAGCCGAGCUAUGAAGUUCUGCCGGAUUUGGACGAGGACGGGAACGCAAAGCCCGCCUACGGUACCGCCGACGAGGGGCGCGGCGUCCAGCCGCCGAAGACGGGUUGGCGGUCGGUUACCGGCGUGGGAAAAGCACCGGUGUUCGAUUACCGACCGGAGUAUCUUGCGUAUGCCCCUGCGCGGUGUGUCGACCGCGGUACGGACGAAGGAGCGAAGCAGAAGAACGCCCUGCGUGCCCUGGCGAGUCUGCCCAUGAGCGGCAGCCGGGCGCUCCUGCAGAUGGCGAUCGCGGACUGUAAGAAAGUGAAGUGCAACGUCGCCGACAUCAAGGAAGCCAUCCCGCGAGGUAUUACAAUGAAAAAUGCCCCCACCCCGGAAUUUACAAAAGUUUCUCAUGCAAAGUUUCCAAAUGAAAGCUUUUUGUCUUGCAUGAAGGGACUACGAGCCUUUCUGAUGAAGAAUCCAGGGGCCCAAGGUAUCUUUUGCAUAAGAGAUCCAGCUGCUGUUUGGCUCCUUUGCAACACAGAUUUGAGCUAUUCAGCAUGGAAAAUUUGUGAUGCUGAUAUAUGCAAGACGGGGAGUGUUUCCAUUGGAAAGGUUUGCAAUACAAAUGCGCCAAGUUUUGGGGUGGGGGCGUUUUUCAUUGUAAUACGGGGGGCCCGCAUGGCGCACUUCGAGGACAUAGACGGCGAGAUUUUCGGCGAGAACGCGGAGGAGGGCCGGAAUUUUUUCAUCGGCCUGCAGCAAAAAUACGAGGCCAUCAACGCCCAGUACGAGCACACGCACUCCUUGCUGUCCGAAGAGGCCCGGCGGGCGGUUUCCAUCUCCCAAGAAGCCUUCAAGGAGGACUUUCCGGACUUGGUGAUCCCCUUCCACUACGGACAGUACGGCCGCGUGAUGCAGAUGAACCGAGACGUGGAAACGGCGAAGCUCGCCCUCGCAGUGGAGAAGAACAUCUACUGCCAAGCGAAAGGGGACCCGCAGCUCCUGCAGGACACGCGCGCCGACGAAGACACGCUGCACCUCUACCACCCGGAAGACGAUCCCUGGCACCACGACCGGAGCCUGACCUGCUUCCAAAACGCAGACUCUUUGCGCGGCUACAUCCAGUUUCUGGAUGGGUCGAAGGUGGAGUUUUGCGAGGGCGGUGUGCCGGACGACGGGAAGACGAUGAUGAAUUUUACCCACGAACGCGUGAAGUUGCGGUACGAGGGAGAUGUGGAAAACCGUUUUUUCCACGGAAAGGGCGCGCUGACCGCGGAAAAUUGGAGCUACGAGGGGCAGUUCAAGAACGGGGCGCGCGACGGGUUUGGCAAGUACAAGGCGAAGCCCACGGCCAAGGCGAACUUCCUCUCCUACGAGGGGGAGUGGAGGCAAAACAAGAAGCACGGCGAAGGGACCCUCGAGCACGACGAGGAGCGGGUUAUCACGGCUAUCUGGGACGACGACGAGCCGGCGGAAAUCCUGAAAAUGUUCGUGGAUACACCCGAGGACGAGACGGAUUUCUCCAUCGUGAAAGACCCGCAAACCGGGAUCACGACGAUCACCCUCAACCUGGACGGCGACCAGGUUUCCACGGGGGUGAAAGAGCCGUCGCGGCUCUGCGAGGAGGACGUGUACGUGAUUUAUCAAAAUGAAAAAUCCCCCCUCCCCAUAUCGAAACGAAGUUUCUGAUGCUGGACUUGCGUACACAAAUCAGAUUUGUGUUGCUGGAGAGGACUGCAGGCCCCUAUCGAGCCUGAGGAGAGAGGUUUUUGCCUAGGCGCUUAGCAUGAAAAACGUCCGCGCUGUAGGCCCAACGGCAUGACAAACCGCCUGCAUAAUACGGCGGAGUCUGUGGAGUUGCCUUCUUGCAAGACAGAUGCGAUUUGUGGUCACAAAUCAGCAACACAAAAUGUAUCGCGUCAAUAUGGGGGGGGAUUUUUCCUUACGAUAUGACUGAGGGCAAGUUCAUGUCGAUCAAGGGCGCCAAGCACUCCUACGACGGACCGAUCGUGGACGGGAGGUGGGAGGGCGAGACUGGGACGCUGGUCACGCAACUCGGGAAGUACAAGGGUGGACUCCAGAACGGCAUGCGGCACGGCCCGGGCUCGCUGCAAAUUCAGGACUACGAGUUCGAGGGCAUGCAGUUCCGGGGCUCCACCAUAACCGGGGAGUGGAAGAACGACUACCCGAUCGGGCCCACGAAGGUCUCCCUGCGGGGCGUCGGCGACAAGAACAUCCGGGUAGAGGCGGACAAAACGUUUGAGUUCAUGGACAACGCUGCAGUGCAGCUGGCAAAAAAUGUGGGCGGCUUGUGCGGGUGCGCGAAGUCGCCGAAAAAGAAAGCGAGUGGCGCGAAGGAUGGCGAGGACGAGAAGGAAGCAGAGAAUGACACGCCGCUGGAGCUGAAGCCAGACUUCUUGAUCAAACUGCCAGCGACGCCGCAGCUGGGGUAAGUAUUUACUGUUGUAGAGACUGAGACUUGUCUGCAAAAGUACAUUUUUUUUGUGCGUUCUAGUUUCUUGCCCCUUCUCGCGUUUCCACUGCUACGAGAUCAAAAAUCGCAGUAGAGGAUGAAGCGAAACAUCAAACGUACUUUACACAAAUGCCAGGUACAAGGGUCGCGUGGAGUUGAAUUUAAGCGAGUGUCGCUUCAAGAAAGAUUGGCCCGUUAGCGUGCCCAAGGGCCCGCCGUCUGUGCUCGUGCGCAUGCGGGAAGGCAACGAGGAUAUUCUGAAAGACUAUGAGCGCGCGAGCUAUCGGGAUGUGCCAGCAGCAAUGCAGCGCCCAAGUCAGGCCGUUUUCCACUACCUCUCUUAGAUUAUGAGCAACUGCUUCGCGCGAUCAUGUUCAUGACCUUCAAUAGGGUCUUUCGUGGUUUUUUCUGCAAUGAAUAUGAACUCAGUAGUUUAUUCUCUUCACGGGGAAAGAUCCGAUUCUGAAUAUCCUUCAUAUGUAUCUACUCAGCUACUGUCAGUACCACGUCCGCUAUUUCGAAAAGCUCACACAGACAGGAAAGCGAAAGUCAGUUAACCUAUUGGUCGAAGAACUAGAGGGACGUAAAUGCAAAACGGAAAUUCAAAUUCAAAUAGCAAGCGUAGUUGAAGUAAGACAUUUCCACGUAAAAAACGAAGCGUUUUUUUAGAAGUUACUCGUGCGUGGUCACUCAUGACCGUGAGCUCUGCGCACUUUUUUCAAGCGCAUCGUUCUUUUGAUGGUGAUUUUUUUGAAGCGUACGAAUUCUAUUCACCUCGAGAGUACAGAGUCAGGGUCAGUUGCGGAUCACAUUUUGUUGGUUUGGCGCUUGUGAGUAACAACGAACUAAAGUCGCGAUUAUGUUGGUUCCCGUUGCCGCGGCACCAGGCAGGAGGAAGUGAGCUCCUUCGUUGCACACGAAAAAGGCAU